CGGAGUGGGAAGUGGAAUAAUGCACCUGUUCUUCGUUGGUCGACCCCUGUGACUACAGUACCCACGUAACAUUGCGCUGUCUCCCUCAUUCUCUCUUGCUCCGUGCUCUGCGCCAGUCUGUUCGAGGAACCAGUUCGCUUGGCCUUUUUUCUGCCUUCUCACUGUUGCCUGGUGUCAACCUACACCGAGAAGCGACAUCCCUCCCUCUUCCCCCCUCAGAGGUUGCUUCCAAUUUGCUUUCGCCUUUCUUAUCGUCACUACCAUUGGCUUCUGCGCUGCCAGUCAGUCGCUUCCUUUUAGCAGGAGAGUUGAGUAGCAACAGCUCGGAAACAUCUGGCUGCCGCAGCUCUUCGCUCUCCGCUCGCUCGCUUGCCCCGUCUUUCCUGCUACUGCAGGUUGUUAUGGAAAGCUGCUGAAAGUCAAUCUAGUUAUUUUUCAACCGAGAAGGAUCUGAAGGAGGAAACAGGAACAUAUCGGAUCUCGCUGUCUUUCACUCCCUCAUUGCAAAGGAGUUGCCUACAGCCUGCUUCACUGUCACACUGGACUGAAACAAGUUCAUGUAUACUGCAGGUUAUGAAGACAGCAUGGAGUUCCCUGACCACAGCAGGCAUCUCCUCCAGUGUCUGAGGGAGCAGCGACACCAGGGCUUCCUGUGCGACUCCACGGUGCUCGUGGGCGAGUCGCAGUUCCGGGCCCACCGAGCCGUGCUGGCGUCCUGCAGCAUGUACUUCCACCUCUUCUACAAGGACCAGCUGGACAAGCGAGACGUGGUGCACCUGAACAGCGACAUCGUGACCCCGCCGGCCUUUGCCCAGCUGCUGGAGUUCAUGUACGAGGGCAAGCUGCACUUCAAGACGCUGCCCGUGGAGGAUGUGCUGGCCGCCGCCAGCUACCUGCACAUGUACGACAUCGUCAAGGUGUGCAAGAAGCGGCUGAAGCAGAAGAAGGCCACAGCCGAGGCGGACAGCACCAAGCGCGACGCGGACGACGCCGCGUCCAGCUGCUCCGACAAGGCCGAGAGCUUCUCGGAGGGCGGCAGCACGGGCCGGCCGGCGACGGCCGACCUGCUGCUGGCCAGCGACGACGACGAGGCGGACGUGAAGCGCGACGCGGCGGCAGCGGCGGGCAUGUGGAUGCGGCUGACCUCGUCGGAGCGCACGGCCACGCCGGCGGUCGCCAGCAGCCCCGGGGAGGGCGAGGGAGUGGGAGCCGCGUCGGGGAGGAAGCGGCCGGCCGACAGCAGGAAGUCGCCGGCCGGGAGCCCCAGCAGCUCCACGGGCUCGCUGUCGCGGCGGUCAGUCGCCUCGCGGAGGGUCUCGUCGGACGCCGACUGCGUGCUGGACCUGUCGGUCAAGUCGGGGCUGGGCGGAGGCCCCGGGGAGGUAGUGCCCAGCCUGCCGUUCCUGUUGGGCGUCGGCGGCGGGGGAGGAGGGACGCCGGACAGUCUGGUGCAGGGCGGACUCGUGCAGGUGAAGCUCGAGAAGGACACGGGCUCGGACGACGAGGACAUGGUGACCAACGACUACGACAUGGAGAACAGCCGGGUCAAGGAGCGGACGUCCUCGCCGCCCUCUCUCCUCCUACCGGGCGGCAACGGCAACCCCAACCACGGCACGGUAGGGGCGGUGCUCUCCGCGGCCCAGCGGCGCUUCGGACUCGAGGCGCACCUGUCGGCGUUGCGCGAGGCCGCGCUCCCCGGCGACCUGGACCGCGACGAGAAGCCCGGCGACGACGAGGACAUGCUCGGGGGCGGGGGCGGGGGCCUGGGCUCGGACGCGGCCUCGGAGCGGGCACAGGCGGCCGACGCCCUCCUCCCGUACGUGUCCAACAUGCUGGGCGGCCCGCACCCCCAGAUCUUCAUGUGCCCGCUCUGCAACAAGGUGUUCCCCAGCCCGCACAUCCUGCAGAUCCACCUGAGCACGCACUUCCGCGAGCAGGAGGGCGUCCGCGCCAAGCCAGCCGGCGACGUCAACGUGCCCACCUGCUCCAUCUGCGGCAAGACCUUCUCGUGCAUGUACACGCUCAAGCGGCACGAGCGCACGCACUCCGGCGAGAAGCCCUACACCUGCACCACCUGCGGCAAGAGCUUCCAGUACUCGCACAACCUGAGUCGCCACGCUGUAGUGCACACGCGCGAGAAGCCGCACGCCUGCAAGUGGUGCGAGCGCCGCUUCACGCAGUCCGGGGACCUCUACCGGCACAUCCGCAAGUUCCACUGCGAACUAGUCAACUCGCUCUCGGUCAAGAGCGAGGCGCUCAAUCUGCCUGCCGUCAGGGACUGGGCCCUGGAGGACAGCUCACAGGAACUUUGGAAAUGAGGCAGGCGAAACAAACAACACACAUACACACACACACAUACACACACACACAUACACACACACACACACACACACACACACACACUCAAAUACAUGUGUGUGUUUGUGUAAAAACAGAAAUGAACAGAAC